UUUUAUUAAAGAGACAACGGAGUAGGUUUUUUGUAACGAUCAUCAGCUUUAUUUAAAUGUUGACUGUACUACGAUACGUGCUACCGCUACAUAUGAAACAUCUUAAGUGUUUGUUUUCAUUUACCACCAUCAGUGUUGAUCAGAGAAUAUAUGUCUACUUAUUUUAUCUAAUUAUUGUUUCCACGGUGUCACCACCCCUUAUAGUCAGUUUUAUAUUUUUUUCUUCGACGUGACGUCUAAAAUGUCCCUUAAUCGUAUUCUCAUAAACAAAAUUGCAAUUUGAAUUUAGACAUCUCAUCGGUAAAAGUGGUGCCAUGGCUAGACCAGGAUUCUAAGUGUACGGCCUCAGUGGUGAGCGCCAAGCGGGGCGUGCGGUGUGGCGUCAAGUUUCGAAGAGAUCUCAACUGCGUGUUUGCAUACGUUUGCAUUUGUUUAACAUGGAAGGCCCGCUCAGUAUCCGAUCCACUCAGUAUGCACACAUACAUGUUUUUUUCUACAGUGUGCUACCAGUGCAAUGUCUCUGCGAGUUCUUGUCAGCCGGCGGUGCGGGUGGCGAGGCAGGCAAAGCGGGCGAGCUCGCCGCGCACCUGCGGAGGACAGUAGCGUCGAGCGAGGAGGGCGCUCGCGCCGUGCUGCAGUACUACACGCAGCGGCUCGCACACUCGCAUGCGCCUACCCGCGCACAAGCCAACAGGGGCCUGAAACUAGUUCUGACGCAGGCUGAAGAUACGGCUGAAAUGGACUACAAUGCAGACGUUAGCCCCGAGGAAUGGCUCGAGCUGCUAGUCCAGCUCCGGCACUGGGACGCCGUCCGCGACGAGGUGCUCGCCCGCCUCCGCGCCGCCUGCCUCGCCGAGUGCGUGCCGCGCCACCUCGCCGCUUACAUUGCCUUCCUGGCCGAGCACGCUGACACCCUCCCUCUCCUUGUAUUGGUAUGUAGCUAAACUAGGCGACGCCUCGCCGAGUGCGUGCCGCGCCACCUCGCCGCCUACAUUGCCUUCCUGGCCGAGCACGCUGACACCCUCCCUCUCCUUGUAUUGGUAUGUAGCUAAACUAGGCGACGCCUCGCCGAGUGCGUG